AGGGAGAUCAGCGAAAUGCGGCCUUCUUUACCUUGUGUUUUGUUUUCUAAACACGGAACAAAACUGUUUCAAACAAUUAAUUAUAGGAAUAGUCCAUCUACAAAAUACGAUAUUCCGUAAAACGAAGAACGACACCCCAAAUAACAAACGGCUUCUUAAGGAUGUAAACAGUCACCCCACCCCCUUUUUUAAUGCGACUGUGGUUUGCCCGUCCCCCCAUUCCACAUGUGUAGCCGCUUGUGCGCUGUUGCAGUGCGCGAUGUGGCACAGAGACUAACGAGUCGGGACGCUGUGCGAGUGUGUAACUGUUCGCUAAACCAAAGGGAAACUAUACCAUUUACUACCCAGGCGUACGGGGAUUGUACUAUUAUGCCAAACAGGAUUGUUUUGGACCCACGAGAAGUUGUGCAGCCUGGCAGUGUCCAUGCCCGAGCCGGCAGGCCCCCCCUCCAGGUGUGACGUGUUGGCAGGGCUGUCAUCGGGUACAGCUGAGCGAGCGCUGGCACUGGGCUUGGUGCCCGCCACCGAGAUCGUCCCAGCAGGACGAAAAUGAACAAGCUGAACUUCCAUAACAACAAAGCCAUGCAGGACCGCCGCUGUGUCUGCGUCUUCCUCCCCAACGAUGAGACCCUCAACAUCAUUGUCAACGUGAAGACGCUGUGUCAGGAUCUUCUCAUCCAGGUGUGUGAUCUCAUCCGACUCAAAGACUGUCACCUCUUCGGCCUCAGUGUCAUCCAGAAUAAUGAACAGGUAUACAUGGAGCUGGGUCAGAAGCUUUCCAAGUACUGCCCUAAGGAGUGGAAGAGGGAGGCGAGUAAGGGAAUCGAUCAGUUCGGGCCCCCGAUGAUCAUUCAUUUCAGGGCGCAGUACUACGUGGAGAACGGCAGGUUGAUAGGUGACCGCACUGCCCGUUUCUAUUACUACUGGCACCUGAGGAAGCAGGUGCUCCAGUCCCAGUGUCCUCAGCGAGAAGAGGCCUACUUCCUCCUAGCAGCCUUCGCUCUGCAGGCCGACCUGGGAAACUACAAAAGAAACAAACACUUUGGGAAGUACUUCGAGCCCGAGGACUACUUCCCUCCCUGGGUGAUUGUGAAGAGGGGGAAGGAGUACAUUCUGAGGCACGUUCCCAACAUGCACAAAGACCAGUUUGCGCUGACGGCCUCCGAGGCUCAUCUGAAAUACAUCAAGGAGUCGGCCCCUCUGGAUGACGUGGCUGUGCAUUACUACCGACUCUACAAGGACAAAAGGGAAGUGGAGGCCUCCCUGACCCUUGGACUGACUCUGCGUGGGAUUCAGAUCUUUCAGAAUGUGGGCGAGUCCAAGCAGCUGCUGUAUGACUUCCCCUGGACCAACGUGGGGAAGCUGGUGUUCGUGGGUAAGAAGUUUGAGAUCCUGCCGGACGGCUUGCCCUCGGCCCGGAAGCUCAUCUACUACACCGGCUGCCCGAUGCGCUCCCGACACCUGCUGCAGCUGCUGAGCCACAGCCACCAGCUCUACAUGAACCUGCAGCCUGUGAUGAAGCAGGUCCGCCGGCUGGAGGAGAACGAAGAUAAGAAGCAGUACCGCGAGUCGUACAUCAGCGACGCUCUGGAGCUCGACAUGGAGCAGCUGGAGAAGCGCUCGCGGGCCAGUGGCAGCAGCGCAGGCAGCAGCUCCCGGCACAAGAGGCUCUCCCGGCACUCCACCGUCAGCCACGGCAGCUCCCACACCUCGGGCAUCGAGACGGACAGCUUCCGCACCGCCAGCCAGGCCCCCCGCCACCCCCUGCGCACCUGCAGCAGCUCCACAACCAGCCACGGCAGCUCUCACACCUCGGGGGUAGAGAGCGGGGGCAAGGACGACGAGAUCGAGAUGCUGGUGGACGACCCAAAGGACUACGAGCAGCUUCGUGAUCUGGGGUUCAGCCCGGACCUGUGCAUCCACAUCACAGAGGACAUGUUGAACACAGGCCAGAUCAACGGCUACUCGGGACUGAUCGUGAAGGACAUCAGCUCAUCUACCUCCAGCUCUUCAGAGACGGUGGUGAAGCUGAGAGGGCAGAGCAUCGACUCCCUGCCGCAGACGGUGUGCCGCAAGCCCAGGUCAUCGACGGACCGGCACAGUCAGAGUCUGGACGACAUCCGGCACGACCACAAGGGCUGCCUGCAGUGGGCGGAGCUGUGCCAGGACACGGCGCAGAGCUACACCUUCGGCUGCGCGCCGGAGCUGAGCGACGCCGGCUACCACAGCCUGGCCGAGCAGUGCGCCGCCAUCAGAGAGCCCUCCGCUGGAGCCGUCAAGAGGACCAGCAAGUACUUUUCCCUGGACCUGACCAGCAACGAGGUGCCUGAGUUCGUGGUCUGAACAGCUGGCACCUGGAUGGGAGGGGAGGGGAGGGGAAGGGUGAGUGUCUGCGCAGUACAAUCCACUCGACUGCAGCAUGCUGCGAGGACUCCUCCUCCCUGCGGGACGCGAGUGUGCGGGGAGCAGAACAAUCAAAGGGACAUUUAUAUAGAAACAUAUAGACCUAUACGAAUGCCUGAAAUAGUUCUUACUGAACAAGCCAAAACUCAAGAGUGUGCUAAUGAUAUGCAGUGGUGCAUAAAGUGUUUCUCUCUGAGAGCGAGGCACUCCCUGACACUGGCGUGGAGGGAGCAUAAGGACAGUGUCUGGAAUAGUUCACAGUGAACUAGCUGAAAGGGAACAGGAAAAGGCAGCCCUGGAUGUAUGCAGGUGUGCAUAAUAUGGCUUUGAAUUAGCUUUUCUUUUUCGUUUUUUUUUUUUACUGCAUCUGUUAAACAAGCACACAAAUUCCGCUUUCUUUGCAAAACAACAAUAAAAAAAUUAAAAAACAUGCUGGACAAUCAAACAGAAGUGGACUCUGGCGCUGGAAGCCCGUUGUUUCUUGUGGAUUGCUGUGGUCCGAGCUCCCACACGCUGAGAUGCAGCAUCUUCUUUGCAGGGCUGUCUGGUCCUCUUGUAAAGACAUGAUAGAGAGGGGGAGGGAUUCAUUUGGAUUAUACAGGACACAUUGGAUUAUACUGUUUUUCAGGAUAUCAGGAUUGUUCCCCCUCUUUGAAAGAGUGCUGGCGGAUCAACAGAACAGGCCGCUUGUUCCUUCAGUGCUUCAUGGGAAGAUUCCUCGCAGGUCAUUCCCUUCCGGAUAUGUAACUCCCCCGACACACAGUCGCAUUAUAACGACACAAUGGAAUGGACUCUGGUCACUGGGUCCUGUAACUGUCACUUUUAUACAGCCGGCGAUGAACAAGUCAUUGUGUGAGCUAACAACCAAAGACACAAGCUUCAGCCAAUCAGCGAGACUGUGUUAAAGUGCGCGUGGCGGCAGAGACGAUAUUGAAGCCAUGCUAACUGUGCCGGGAUGGUACUGGCUGCUGGAACUCUGAGCAGCGCUCUUGCUGGGUUGCAGUACAUGCAUUGCUCUGUGACACCGUAUAGGAGCCCUCUGUCUCCCUCCCUCCCCUCCAGCCUGUCCCAGAGAAUGCUCCCCAUCCAGUACAGUGCCAGCAUCGUCCUCCAGUCCUGGUAUCCAACAGGCAGGGACUCUUCAUCCAGGAGAAGCAUAUUGUGCCAGUAAUGUUUAACAAUGAGACUCUGUACUCCGCUGCCAUAAAUUUCCCAGUCUGUGCCUUUAAUUCUCGGCAGGUCCCAUAGAAAUGUAUGCAUUGACAAUCGAAGCAUGAGAAGGCUGUGGCUCAUGUUGUGUAACAGUGAUCAUAGUAUUAUGAGAUGUGUUUAUUUGCCUGUUUUAAACACCUUGGGAACGAUCACAGGUCCCGAGCUAUGUUGUACCAUUUGUGGUGUUCUUUAUUUCAGACAAUGGGAUUUCUUCAUUGCAUGGUUGAGCUUCUGUGAUUCACAGUGUAGAGAUGUGUAACAUUAGAAUCCAUCGGCAAACUUAAGCAACUUUAAGAUUUGUUUUUUUCCUUUUAAUGUUCAAGUCCUACUCUCCUGCAAUAGCUGAAAAAUUGAAAAGUUGCUGUAAAUUUUGAAAGUAAUUCAAACUAUUGCUGCAGGUUUGUGGAUCACUUGGAUCCUGCUGUUUUAUAACUCCUAGCGGCUCUGGGACAGGAUUCACACACCAGUCACCUAUCAGCACCCUGCAAACCACGCCCAACCUCACCCCAUACUGGUGUUUCAGUUCAGAGCAGCAGGACAAGCAAGCAAUCACUCAGAGCAAAGUGAACAAAUAAAGAAAAUUGUAAUGCAGUAAAACUUUUGUUCUCCAGACUAGCUGGGAUCAGGGGGUGUUCGGGUAAUGGAGAUGCUCUCAUAAUUGAAUUAUGACAGUGGCGUUUUUUACAUGACCUUCCCAAUCAAGAAACCUGUACAGGUGUAACCUAGAGUACCUCACUGUCCUGCAAAUACCAGCGAUUUGAGGGCUGCAUUUAGGACAGAAGAGAGCAGCACACAAGACAGGUUAACGGGGCUGUUCAGAUAACCUGUAUAUCCUCUCUGCCCUUGAAUACAUCCAGCCCUUAACAAGAAACAAACCAACACAGGACAGAUUUACCAGAGUCUUCGUCCUCAAACUGCGCUACUCCCAGUAACCUGCGCCCUCCAAGAAGGGCUGGACUUGAGCAAACGCUGCAGCUGUUUAGGCCAUUUCAAAUUAAAUGCUGCAGCGUUCAUCUGGAGAUAAACAGCAGAGGUGUUUGCAUAAUCUGAGUUUUAAUGAAAUGAUUAUAAUGAUAAUAACAAGCUAGAUCACUGCUGGACUCGCAGCGAAGAAGCCAGCUGACUCUCUUCUAUUCCGUUCUAGAGGAUACGGCAAAUAGCAGCUUUCAUUUCAUUUUCUUUAACUGGAAAAUGCUUACAAAUAUUGUUUUCCUUUUUAAUAUCAGCAUUUAUUAGUAUUUUUGUAUGAAACUUUUUAUAUAGAAAGAGAGCAAUUAUUCGAUUUAGAAUGAAAUUGUUUAGUAAAAGUUGAUCAGUAUUAUACUAACCAUUACAUUGCAGACAGUAUUAAUAUAAGCGCGUGGCAUUGAUUUUGAAUUGUUUUGUUCUUUUUUCUCUAUUUAUAACCAUGCUCUUGCUCAUGUCAGUAUAGAAAGAGCAGUUAAAACCAUCUGCUUUAUUUCAGGGAAAGAAAAAAAAAAAACCUCCCAGGAAUGUUUGAGAAGUGUAGACCAUUAUUGUAAAACAGACUAGCCCUGUGUAUGCAUGUGUUCUUAACGGAGUGGAAUUCCCCUGUGCUGUGGCAGGGUUCUAGAACAUCCGGCUUACACAAGGGUGAAGGAAUGUUGGCGCAAACAUUUGGCAGGUUUGUGGCGCGUUCUGGUGGGAAGGGGGAGGGAUUGGUUGGAACCGUAGGACUGGGAAAGAACGCAGGUUAUCGGUUAUUGAUUGUAUUUCUGUGAAAUGGGCUAAUAUCUCUUGUUACACUUUGUUCUGUUUUUUUUUUUGUGGUCAAUGCAAUUCUAAAAAUUCUAGGACAGAUGUUUCCACUCAGUCUUUUUCAACGUCGGCAACAUUUUGAAGGAGUUGAAAAAAACUAAACGCUUGUCAUUGAAUUUUAGUAUUUUGAAAUUCAGCUCUGUUGAUAACUGCUGGAAGUGGAGUACUAGGUAUGGAUGGUAUUGCGAGUCCCACAGUGACACUAAUAGGACUCCCAGAGCAGAGCAGUCUCUUCCAGGAUCUACAGCAAGCGUGCACACACCUGGGCAUGGCAGGAGGGACUGCAUGCAUUGUGCAGUGAAACCUGGCACUUCUCAAAAAACGAACCAGCUACGAAGCAGUACAGUCCGUGUUGCUGUGGCUUGGCAGCUGAUCGUCAACACAGCUGUCAGAUCUGUCUGUGUGCAGGUAUCCGAAGGCACUGCAGGGUCUCGCUUUCUACAUAGAAACCAAAACAAACUUGCCUUUCAUGCAGUCUGGUACAAGCAGGGUUAGGCCAGACCAAAUAUAUAUAUAUAUAGACAAGAAAUGAAAUUGUAGUGAUUUAAUAAACCAUUGGUUUAAAACACAUUGCCAUACAGCACAUGGAUGGAACGUUCUCCUCUUGAAGGCAUUGUUCUGUGUGCCAGUACUGCACCUGCACGACUUGUAAAUAAUCCUUUCUGUGAAAGGAUCUGCUCUCAGGAGCUCUUCGAAGUGGGUUCAUAUUGUGAAAGCCUCUAGCUGAAUCCUUGCUAGGAGUGUCUUUGGGUACAGGUGUGCAAAGAGACAAUAAAGGUACAUUUAUUUGCUUAA